AUGGAUCCGGGUGGACAGAACGCGAACAACUCGAGCGACUUUGUUCGCAAGCUCUACAAGAUGCUCGAGGAUCCUUCUUAUUCUUCCGUGGUUAGGUGGGGUGACGAUGGUGACAGUUUCGUGGUCCUGGAAAAUGAAAAAUUUACGAAACACAUUCUACCAAAACACUUCAAGCAUUCCAACUUUGCCAGUUUUGUACGGCAACUGAAUAAAUAUGAUUUCCAUAAAGUGCGGCAGAAUAACGAGGAUGGGCAACAAUCGCAGUACGGUCCAAAUGCAUGGGAGUUCAAGCACCCUGAGUUCAAAGCAAACAGCAAAGAUACGCUAGAUAAUAUCAGAAGGAAAGCGCCUGCACCUCGGAACAAAGGCGCUAUUGUAGAUGGAGAUAUGCCUAUCCAGCAAAUUGACCUUAUGAACCAGCAGAUUGUCGCUCAAGCACAACAAAUCCAGAUGUUGGAGGCCAGCAACCACGAGCUUCGUGUCAACCACCAGACUAUGGUUCAAGAAAUGGUACGUCUGCACCGGACUGUACUCAACCACGAUCGUGUUAUGCAGGAUGUUAUGAAAUACUUGAACACAGUCGAUGCGCAGCAACGCCGCAAUAGCAAGGUUCUGUUCCCGAAUGCCCAGGACAACGCUGGGACAACUCUGACGCCAACGAGUCAGAACAUUGGUGCUGUCGAUGAGGAAGCUCCUGCUUCACCACUACAGCACGCUCAGCAGUUGAUGCAAGAGUACAACGUUGAUCCCCAGCUCAAUUUUCCUGGUUUCGAGAAUUCGUACCCAUCAGCAGCACAGAACGGCAUGCGAGGGCCAGCCUCCACACACUCCAGUGGCAGUAUGGGUUACUCGAAACUCAGUGACGGUCAACUCGAGCAAAUCGUCUAUCCUACAGGUGGUAAUAACGGCAUUGAUCCAAUGUAUAGUGAGCACUUACCUCACAUUCCUUAUCCAUUGCCCAGUAAAGAGGUCGAUGCAGGUGAGCUACGCAACAAGUACGCGGAGAGUCGCAAGAAGAGCAACUACGCCGAUCCAGGAUGGGCCCGCUCACCACGAGUCCUACUCGUCGAAGAUGAUCCGACUUGUCGUCAGAUUGGCGCCAAGUUCUUGUUAUCGUUCUCCUGCACGAUCGACACAGCACUAGACGGACUCGAGGCUGUAAGCAAGGUUCAAGAAGGUGGAAAAUACGAUUUGAUCCUGAUGGACAUCAUAAUGCCAAACUUGGACGGUGUAUCAGCGUGUCACAUAAUACGUCAAUUCGAUCGAACACCUAUAGUAGCGAUGACUUCAAACAUCAGGUCCGACGAUAUUCAAAUGUACUUUCAGCACGGAAUGGACGAUGUUUUACCUAAGCCUUUCACCAGAAAAUCACUAUUGGAUAUGCUUGAGAAGCACUUGAUGCACAUGAAGAAGAUUCCGGAAGGAAUGGCUCCUCCUGCGCCUGUAGGUGUCAAUCCAAGCCUGACAACACACCCACCAAAUUCUCGGUCUGUACAGGACGAUAUGUCACAAGGCGCAUCACCAGCAGGAUCGACAGGUACUUGGAACUCACCGAGCCAAUAUUCCGGAGUAUCGCCUGUCUCAGCGAGCAUGUCAAUUCCGUAUGCCAACUACAUGGACAGCAAUAAUGCUGCGUACCAAGCCCAACCGACUACACCGCUCAACCCCAAUCGUCCGAUGUUACCCGCAGGUCCACAGCCAGGCAUGAUGCAACACAGGAGAGGUCCAUCCGAGAUGUCUGGGCAGGACAUGAACCCAGCAGUCAAGCGACAAAGGGUAUCGGGCACGUAUACUGGACAACCAGUUGCAGCAAGACCACAGUAA